AUGCAGAGCCGACUGCGUUCUCAGUCCGCUGGACUACCUUCGCCUUUAGGGAGUCAUCCGCCAGCAACCAAAGUCAAUAUUUCUCGGCCAGCCACCACCAAGUGGCCCUUGCAAGCGGUACUCGCCUGGCUGGAGAAAAACUCCUUCUCGACAGAAUGGCAGGACACCUUCAGAGUACUGGAAAUAGAAGGCUCAGAGUUCGUCGAGCUGGAAUCUGGUCAAAGCAUACGGAAGAUGUUGACCGUCAUAUAUCCACAACUGGCCAAAGAAUGCUCAGACAGCGGCAUCGGUUGGGAUCAGGCUCGAGAACGCGCAGAGGGUCAAAGAUUACGGAAGCUCAUCCGCGAAAUGCCGGUGGAUAUCAAGUACGAGGAUGCGCCUCCAACCGUGCCGGAAAAGGUGACAGACCGAGGUCCAGCCACGGCACAAUCGCCCAGUAAAUCAGAAAUGGCCUCUGGAGGUCGGCAGAGACCUGUCACUGCCCCAGCCGAGGCUACCUCUCCGGAUUCAGCCACACCAUUUCAGUCUCCUCGGAAUGAAUUCGAACGCACAGACAUUUUCCCCUUGCCAGAAUCGUUGCAGAAGGAGGAUCCAGAAUUCAGUCUGGAGACUCCGCAAUCAUCUGCGAGCAAGAACAACGAUCUGCCUCGUCUCCGGGUUGAGGUCGACACUUCUAACGUGUCAGACGAAUGGGUCCGGAAGUGGACCGUCCUAUCAGCAGAGGAGAUCGCUCGUGGGAGGAGAGAGGAUGAUAGACCGUUCUUGAUUGAUUGA